AUGGCGAAUAAUCAACCGAGUGAUCCAAUUGCCAGAGUUCGCUCUAUUGAUAGCCAGCAGCAAGUGACGGGCGAAAGUAGCCGUUGCAAUAGUCGCAGAAACAGUUUCAGCUGCUCGAACCGCGGAUCCGUCAGCUGUUUGGAAGAGGCUCUCUCUUCUGUGGUUGGUGUGCUGCAACUGUCAGCCAGUCAAGAGAGCCUCAACGACGAAUUUAAACCGGAAAGUGAAAUAGAAAUUGCGGCUAUCAAAGUAUGCAACUCUUGCAAAGAAGAAAAUCAAGUUCAACAAGCGCUUUCUGUCCAGCUAGCUCGACAAAGGAGCUACUUGCACGGAAGCGUUGGACCUUAUCAAUCGCUACUGGGCAUCACCGAACUCAAGCGCACGUUAUCCGAUAGCCAAUUGAAAAUUUUUAUUGGAACAUGGAACAUGAACGGCAAGACGCCACCAUCUACGCUGGAGGAUCUCUUGCUUCCGACUCCUCUUCAAAGUCUACACGACGUCGUAGUUAUCGGCACGCAAGAGACCAAUGGUGAACGAGACGAAUGGGAAGUUGGACUGCAGGAGACGCUGGGACCAGGGCACGUUCUAUUCCAUUCCGUCGAGCUGGGCACAAUCCAUAUGGCCGUUUUCCUCCGCAGAGAUCUGAUUUGGGUGUGCUCAGUACCAGAAUCGGACACGCACAGCACGCGAGCGGGCAGCGCCUUCCGGACGAAAGGAGGCGUAGCGAUCGGUUUCAGUAUUUUCGGUACUUCUCUUCUUUUUGUAAAUUGCCACUUGCCGGCCCACGCGGAAAAGGUGGCUGAACGUGAGCGCGAUCUCAAAAAGAUAUUCCUCUCGCUGGAUUUGCCAAAAGAGUUGCCGAUUCGAAAGAAACAACGAGAUGUUACGAGCAAUUACGAUCUGGUUUUCAUAUGUGGCGAUAUGAACUUCCGAAUUAACAAACCUCGAGAAGAGGUCAUUGAUAUCGUCUCGAAAACGUGGGUAGACCCUUCAUCUCCUUGCGGCCGGGGUCUAACAACUCUCAUGGAAGCUGAUCAGCUAAAAUUCAGUCUUAAGAACAACCGAAUAUUAAAAACGUUCAACGAGGCCAACAUAACUUUCCCUCCAACCUACAAAUACAUUCCUGGAACGGGUGAUUUUGAUGAAGAUAAACAACGAAUUCCUUCCUAUACCGACCGGAUACUAUGGAAGGAGCGUAAAGGUGCCCAUUUACGAUGCGCCCACUAUGAUGUGGCAAAGCAAUUAAAAAGCUCUGAUCACACACCCGUUUGGGCUGCCUUCAAAGUGCCUAUAAAACCUGGAAGAGAAACGAUACCCCUAUCUGCUGGAACUUUCAAUCGGCCUGUUUACUUAGAAGGAAUGAGAAGACGUCUACAAGCCUGGGAUCCUAAUAAGGCGUCACUAAGCAAUUCUGCCUCUUGUAGUUUACAAUGAGGCACGAAGAUAUUUAGGAAAAUGCACAACAAUGCACUUAGUUUCAUUAAAA